CAGGAAUAUGUAGCCUACUAAUUGGACAUAAACUGGAAACAAACUGGAGGGAAACAGUUUGAUAUCUCCUGAUAAUUGGUGUCUUUCCUCUGUGCCUGAAAAAAAAAAGACAAAACAUAUUAAGAGUGACGCGUCCGCGUCAGCUGGCAGAGAUGCGCGUGGUUUUUAUGAACAGGCAGCGCGUCAGAGAAGCGCUAAUCAUCAGCGAGCUGCAGAGCGGCGAUGAUAUAAACAUGUGAUAGUAGCUCAGUUACCGCUACACCUGACAGGAUUACACGCACCGGAGGUCUCUGCUCCGUCUCUCUGAUACGCUGCUCUGCUGAGAGAGGAACAUGGAUACUGCGGAUCAGGGUGCUCAGAUAGAGCCGCUGCUGCCAUCGGCCAGUUCUCCCAUUGGAUCAUCAGUUGGGCGAAGAAGUCUGAGAAACGACGAUGAAGCGGUGGUGGACAGAGGAGGAACGCGGUCCGAACAGAGAACCAACUUUGAGCAAGAAGAUCUUGAAGGUCACAGGACUCUCUACAUUGGGGUCCACGUCCCUUUGGGCAGUACCAGACACCGCAGCCAUCGCCGGCACCGCCACCAUGGAAACAAGUACAGCAGGAGGCGAAGCAAGGAGCGAGUCCGCACCUUGGUGGAGGGUAGAGAGUCUCCGAUUUAUGAUACUCCGUCCCAAAGAGUGCAGUUCUUGCUGGGUACAGAGGAUGAUGAUGAGGAGCACAUUCCUCAUGAUCUCUUCACGGAGAUGGAUGAGAUCUGUGUGAGGGAAGGAGAGGAUUCGGAGUGGAGGGAAAGUGCCAGGUGGCUGAAGUUUGAGGAGGAUGUUGAGGAUGGAGGGGAACGAUGGAGCAAGCCCUACGUAGCAACGCUGUCUCUUCACAGUUUGUUUGAGCUGCGCUGCUGCAUUAUCAACAGCACCGUGCUGCUCGAUAUGAGGGCAAGUACCAUUGAAGAGAUUGCAGACAUGGUCUUAGACCACCAGGAGUUGUACUCACCACUGGGAGAUGAGCUCAGAAAGAAAGUGCGUGAAACACUACUGAAGCAGCACCAUCACCAGAACCAGAAGAAGCUGGCUAAUCGCCUGCCACUUGUACGUUCCAUCGCUGACAUUGGCCGGAAAACAUCUGAGCUUCAUCUGGAUAAAAACGGUCAGCUGACCGCCUCCCAGUCUCAGUUAGCAGUUCAAGAUGGAAAAGGGGAUAUCAGCAGAGAUAACAGCUCUGUGGACUUCAGCAAGAUAGACAUUCAUUUCAUGAAGAAGAUCCCACCGGGAGCGGAGGCCUGCAAUGUGUUAGUUGGCGAGCUGGAAUUCCUGAACAAGCCAGUGGUGGCGUUUGUCCGCCUUUCACCGGCGGUUCUGCUCAACGGACUGGCUGAAGUCCCGAUUGCCACAAGGUUUCUAUUCAUUCUCCUGGGUCCCUUGGGUAGAGGGCCUCAGUAUCAUGAGAUUGGGAGAUCUAUUGCAACACUGAUGACAGAUGAGGUUUUCCAUGAUGUUGCCUAUAAAGCUAAAGAUCGAAAUGAUAUAAUUGCUGGUAUCGAUGAAUUCCUUGAUCAAGUGACAGUCCUGCCUCCUGGGGAAUGGGACCCGUCUAUACGGAUAGAGCCACCAAAAAAUGUACCUUCUCAGGAGAAAAGAAAGAAAAGUAACAUUUUACCAAAUGGAUUAGUUGAGGGGGAAGAAGAAGAAGAGCACGAUGCUCAUGGCAGCCCAGAACUGCAGCGUACUGGGAAGUGGUUUGGCGGUCUCAUUUUAGACAUCAAACGCAAGGCCCCUCACUACCUGUCUGACUACACUGAUGCUUGUAGCUUACAGUGUGUCGCCUCUUUCUUAUUCCUCUACUGUGCCUGCAUGUCCCCUGUCAUCACCUUUGGAGGACUUCUGGGCGAGGCAACAGAAGGACGCAUAAGUGCAAUUGAGUCACUGUUUGGAGCCUCACUGACUGGAAUUGCCUAUUCCCUGUUUGCCGGGCAGCCCCUUACCAUUCUGGGGAGCACGGGGCCUGUGCUUGUUUUUGAAAAGAUAUUGUUCAAAUUCUGCAAGGAGUAUGGCUUGUCCUAUCUGUCACUGAGGACCUGUAUCGGCCUGUGGACAGCUUUCCUCUGUAUUCUGCUGGUGGCCACAGAUGCCAGUUCCCUCGUUUGCUACAUCACACGUUUUACAGAGGAAGCCUUUGCCUCACUCAUCUGCAUCAUUUUCAUCUACGAGGCCUUGGAGAAACUCGUCCACCUGGGGAAACACUAUCCCUUUAAUAAGAACAACAACCUGGACAAACUCACCUUGUACUCAUGUUCAUGCGUUGAGCCUUCUGACCCCACCAAUGGCACCCUGAAGUACUGGGAGAUGAACAACAUCACUGCUUCAGAAAUCUAUUGGGAAGCACUGGAGGUCAAGGGCUGUAUUGAAAAUCGUGGGGAGUUUGUAGGCAGUGCCUGUGGACCUCAAGGACCCUACGUUCCUGACGUUCUCUUCUGGUGUGUCAUUCUCUUCUUUUCCACGGUCUUCAUGUCAGCUUUCCUCAAGGAGUUCAAGUUCAGCAACUACUUUCCCACCAAGGUCAGGUCCGUUAUCAGUGACUUUGCUGUUUUCAUCACUAUCCUAACCAUGGUCUUGGUUGACUAUGCCUUAGGGGUCCCAUCUCCAAAACUGAAAGUUCCCAGUGUGUUUAAGCCAACAAGAGAUGAUAGAGGUUGGUUCAUCACCCCAUUGGGGCCUAACCCCUGGUGGACAGCAGUCAUAACGGUGGUGCCAGCUAUGCUUUGUACCAUCCUUAUCUUCAUGGACCAGCAGAUCACGGCUGUCAUAAUCAACAGAAAGGAACACAAACUCAAGAAAGGCUGUGGAUAUCAUCUAGAUCUGUUCAUGGUUGGGGUUAUGCUAGGUGUUUGCUCUUUGAUGGGGUUGCCAUGGUUUGUAGCAGCCACCGUCCUCUCCAUCACCCACGUCAACAGCCUGAAACUUGAAUCCGAGUGCUCAGCUCCCGGGGAGCAGCCCAAGUUCCUUGGUAUCAGAGAGCAGCGCUUUACCGGGCUCAUGAUCUUUGCUCUUAUGGGGUGCUCGGUCUUCAUGACAUCAGUGCUCAAGUUCAUACCCAUGCCUGUGUUGUAUGGAGUAUUCCUUUAUAUGGGAGCAUCUUCUCUCAGAGGCAUUCAGUUUUAUGACCGUCUCAGAUUGUUCGGUAUGCCAGCCAAGCACCAGCCCGAUUUCAUCUACCUACGACAUGUACCCCUGAGGAAGGUGCACCUCUUCACCAUCAUCCAGCUCAGCUGUUUGGUUCUUCUGUGGACCAUCAAGACAUCCAGGGCUGCCAUUGUGUUUCCUAUGAUGUUACACCGCUCUCAGCUUUUCUCCACAACUACAAAUAAAAGCUGGAGAAGAUGGAAGUCAGUGUGGACAGCAUUACGAGUCUUUGUCAUUGUUCCGUCUGUGUUUUCAAAUAAAUCUACAUUGUGUGUUUCAUAUCAUCAAUCCUUCAAGUUUAGUUUUGCAGAUCUCUGUAAGUAAAAAACUGCUUUAUCUGAUGUAUCCCGGUUAUUAUGAACUAAUAGAACCUGCUAUCUAAUUUUCUCUUGUUGUUAACAUCUAACGCUAUAUACUGUUUGGAUUUAUUGAAUGUAAACCACAGAAACAUACAUUUCUGCUGUUUUUGGAAUGGGACCAUUUUGAAUUUUACUUAAUGAUUUUAAUUCUGUGGAACCAAAAGCAAUAGCUCUUUGUACCAAAAUGGUAAUAAUUUGUAUGAGAAAAUAUUUAGCUAUAUUUAUAUUGUCAUUUAUUUUAUGGUAUUUAUUUUAUAUUUGUUUUGUGUUUGCUACAAAAUACAUGGUAGUCUAACAAAGACGUGUGUGUGUGUGUGUGUGUGCAUAUUGUUUUUAUUGUAAAUGUAAACUAUACUCAAAGUAUCCUGUGUUUAAUGGUUGUAUAAAGUUAUGAAUCAUGAAUUUUAAAGGCAUCUAGCCAUCUACUGUUGCAUUUCAAUGAAGAAUUGAGGGUUACUCAAUUUUUAAAAUCAAAUAAUAGUUUUAUGUAUAACUUGUCAGUGUGCUACACUAAAUAAAUUUCUAUAAGCAUU